AUGGAAAGAUUUCUUGAAACUGGGAUAAAUGAAGCUGCAUUCUAGAUUUUAGAAGUCCUAUAAUAUUAUAUCGAUAACUCGCUUUUGGGAAAAUAACCUAGCCCUUAUGAGAUGUAAAAAUUUGGUAAUUUUCAAAGGUUGAUACCUUUGAUGACAUUUCUUCAACAAUAGCAGAACUAUGAAAUCUACAAAUAGACGAUAUAAAAGCUUUAAAUAGAAUAUGACAUUCUAGGACUCAAAACUUUAUAAAAUCAGUCUCUGUUAAGAUAACUAGAAGAAGAAAAGUAAUUAUUGCCUAAUCCUCGUGAAAACUAAUUCUAGGAAUUCAGCAAAGAAGAUUAAGAUUUGAUUGACAUUUAAGGAGAUAGAAUCAAAAUCGUUGAAUGGUACUUUGAAAAUAAUGAUGUUAUAAAGAACUUCGCACUUUUGAGACAAAAGUAAAAAGAAUACAUGAGAGCUAAUAUUAAUCAAAUACACUAGAUUUUACCUCCUAAAAACUUUAAAUUCUUUAAUGAUGUUGGCUAUCAAAGUUUGAGUCCAGAACAAUCAAAAUAAGUUGAGAUUGCCUAUUAGGAAUAUCUUGCAAAGGGAGGUAUCUAGGAAACUUUUAUUUAGACAGGGGAAGAUAUUUACUGCAUUUGA